AACCCCACACUCGUAGACACUACUUAUGAGCCACAAAAUCAUACAAAUAAUAUAUAGUAACAAUAAAAACACACAGAAGAAGUGUUCUCUAAACAAGAGAAAAGCGGGGUAGCAGCAAAAGAAAGGGAGGAGGGAUAAGAGCGUGGAGUUUGAAAGAGAAAGUGAUUUUCCGGAUAUUUACGGCGAUGGCGGCGGCAGCGGCGGCGGCGAUGAGUCGCCGAUUGACGAAGAAGUGGAGAAGCGCUUCUCACGUAAGCAGCGCCGUGUUUCUUUUCCUCCUCGCGCUUCUCCUCGGUGCAAUUGUCUCCGCUCGUUGGAUCACUGUCACGUCAACUAUGUUGAGCACCACCACAACCGUCACCGCCGCUGCCGCCGCCGCUGCAAACCCCAUCAAACCCGAAUCCGUCACCGCUGCCACGGCCGCCACUGUGAAGCCUAUCAAAUUCAAAUCCGAACCUGAACUCGAUUCACAACCUGAACUAUUCGAGUCCAAAUCUGAAUCCGAAUCCGAACCUGAAUCUGAGCCCAAAGGGGAGCCCAAUCCCACACGGCCAAUCCCGUUGUCCUGCUCCCGCGCAAACGAAACUUCGACCUUCCAAAGUUGCCCCUCCCCGCCCCUGGAAAUUACGAACGUACCCUCAACGUCCCCUCCCGCGCAGCCGCGGCAGCAGUGCCCCUCCUACUUCCGGUGGAUCCACGAGGACCUGCGGCCGUGGCGCGCCCGGGGGAUCACGCGCCGCGCGGUGGAGAGCGCGCGCCGCACCGCCAACUUCCGCCUGGUGGUCCUCCGCGGCCGCGCCUACGUCGAGCGCUACCGCCCCGCGUUCCAAACGCGCGACGCGUUCACGCUGUGGGGCGUGCUCCAGCUGCUCCGCCGCUACCCGGGCCUCGUCCCCGACCUCGACGUCAUGUUCGACUGCGUCGACUGGCCCGUCGUCAAGGCCGAUCACUACCGCAACAAAGCCGCAGCAAUCCCCCCGCCGCUGUUCCGGUACUGCGGGAAUGAGUCCACUCUCGACAUCGUCUUCCCCGAUUGGUCCUUCUGGGGUUGGCCGGAGAUAAAUAUAAAGCCAUGGGAGGAGCUGAGGAAGGAGAUAGAGGAAGGGAAUAAGCAGGUGAAGUGGAUGGACCGAGAGCCGUAUGCGUAUUGGAAGGGGAAUCCGGCGGUGGCCGAGACGCGGCAGCAGCUGAUGAAGUGUAAUGUCUCUGAUUCUUAUGACUGGAAUGCGCGAAUUUAUGCUCAGGAUUGGCUCAAAGAGACUCAUGGAGGGUUCAAGGAGUCGAACUUGGCCAGUCAAUGCAUUCACAGAUACAAGAUUUACAUCGAAGGGUCGGCAUGGUCGGUUAGUCAGAAGUACAUUAUGGCAUGCGAUUCGCUGACGCUGCUGGUGAAGCCGAACUAUUACGACUUCUUUACGAGGGGGCUGAUGCCGGUUCAGCACUACUGGCCAAUAAGGGAGGAAGACAAAUGCAGGUCGAUAAAGUUCGCAGUGGACUGGGGCAACUCUCACAAGCAGAAGGUGCAGAGUAUAGGAAAGGAAGCGAGCGACUUCGUUCAAGAGAAUCUAAAGAUGGACUACGUCUAUGAUUACAUGUUACACCUUCUAACCGAGUACUCUAAGCUCCUGCGAUACAAACCUACGAAGCCGCCUUUGGCCGUCGAGCUGUGUGCAGAGUCCAUGGCUUGUUCGGCGGAAGGGCUCGACCGGAAGUUCAUGAUGGAUUCGAUGGUGAGCUCUAUUCGAGAUACGGGCCCUUGUGAUCUGCCGCCUCCUUUCAAGCCUGCAGAGUUGAAGAUGCUGCAGAGGAGGAAAGAUGAUAGAAUAAAGCAAGUGGAAAUGUGGGAGCAAAGAGCUUGGGAGAAUAGGCCGAAAAAGAAGCUCUAAAGUUCAUGUUGUUUCUGCAUAUCUACACACAGUCGCAUGCAGAACGAAUUGAGUCAUUAAACUUUCACAGGAUAGUAAGCAAUUUACAUGCUAGAGAAUUUUCUGAGUGAUUAAAAAAUAUGUUACUGUGUGAUUCUAUUCUCAGCUCGAAAUAAUAUGUAAUGGAGAAGUCGUUAAAUGAAGAUAUUGAAGAGAAAAGAGUACUUGGUUUUGUUCCUGAUUUCUUAGUUGAGACAAUGCAAGUGAAAAAUGAUAUUGUUGGGCAAGUUCCUCGCAGUUUAUCU